AUGAACGCAAGAGUGCCUUUGGUCGAUGGGAUUGAUCGACCUUGGUCCAGGGCUUUACCUAGAUGGGCUACGGCAGUUGCAGGAGGUAUCAAGGGCGGGCGUAAGGGCGAGCACGAUCCGAUCUUGAACUGUUCCAGUAAGCCCGAUAGGGAUGCCCCCUCUCAUGCCGGCACGAGGCCCGACCCCCGGGCUAAGUCUGAUUUGAUUGGCUGGUUCGCCGCUGCACAGUCGGUAAUACCGGAUGCGGAAGUUUGUGGCGGCUGGUCCAAAUCGGCGUUUUCAGCGGCAUCUUUCACGUGGCGGAACUCAUGUGGCACAUUUGUGGCAGGUCCGAUGUACACCGAUGUACCGAUAUUGGUCCAGUGGACGUGUACCGUUCCACCCCCUACACAGCUGGUCGAUAUCGUACAUGCUCGUAUUCUUGAGUUGUACACGCCACAAUUGACUCCACUCAAAUCAUCCACCCAAAUCCGUACCUUUCGCGCAUCCUUCCCACCUUCCGGUCCUCGACUGUUGUCAGUCAUAACCCACGUCAAUCCAUCCCAACCUCACUCUCAAGCUCUAGCGACAAAAGACGACACUGCAUACCUUUUCUUAGACUUGAAACCUCCCACGACCAAGAAUCGAGUUGUUGAUGACGCAGGAACUUUCAUCCCUGGCGAAACGGGCUCAGAGGCGGAAAGACAUGGUGUGGAUCAGAAAGAGGAAGCGAGAUAUAGGGUGUUGGCCGUCAGACCAGCAGAGAAUGUUGGACCGAUAUUGAAUAAUGUAAUGAGUGGAUUUGUUUUGGGUUUGUCUAAGGCUGCCCGGCAGGCCGCUCGAACAACACAAGAAUCAGUCCGACCCACCCCAUUGCCAGGAACGACUCUCCUCCUUCCCGUUCUCAUAUUCCCAUCUCUUUCCUCUUCACAUCCCUCAAUCUCCCUCACGAUCUAUACCGUCCCCAAACAACCUCCUACGUUACUCCUCGAAGCCCACUGGUCUGACUGUCCCGAUCAGGCAAUGGCCAAGGCGGUGCUGCACGAUUUCAUUGACAGCCUGUUGCCACCCGAAGGACAGAGACAGACUUGGGUCUGGGCCAUGGAAGACGAGAGUGGGGAUGGGAAGGUGGGAAAGGGUGUGGGUGGGGAGAUGAAGAAGCGUGUGAGUGGGAAAGAUGGAGAUCUUGAAAGGAGACGAUGGGUGGUGGGGAGGAUAGGACGAUGUUUGCGCGAGUCUGAGGUGGUCUGA